GAUAUCUGAUCCUAAAACUAGCUUUUUAUGACGCUUAAGCACACAAUCCAAGGUUUCCAACGCAACCAGGAAGAAACGGGUUGACAGCCCGCCAAUCAGCUGCUGCUUUACUUCCUGGAUGGAGUUGACUUGAAAACAAAGAUGGAAGCGAACCGCGUGGACUUUUUUAUCGGCCUGUCUUUGGCCAUGAGCUCCAGUGUGUUCAUCGGUUCGAGUUUCAUCCUGAAGAAGAAGGGCCUACUGAGACUGGCCAGCAAGGGUUCGAUGCGAGCAGGUCAAGGCGGGUACGCUUACCUGAAGGAAUGGCUGUGGUGGGCUGGACUUAUUUCAAUGGGAGUUGGAGAGGUGGCGAACUUCGCUGCGUAUGCAUUUGCCCCCGCCACACUUGUGACGCCUCUUGGUGCAUUGAGCGUACUUGUGAGUGCUGUACUCUCCUCGUACUUCUUGAAUGAGAGGUUAAAUGUGCAUGGAAAGAUUGGGUGCCUGCUGUGCAUUUUGGGCUCCACGGUGAUGGUGAUCCAUGCACCGCAGGAAGAGGAGGUUGCUUCUCUCAGUGCCAUGGCUGAGAAGCUCAAAGACCCAGGUUUCAUUGCAUUUGCUGCAUGCGUUGUGGGAAGCAGCCUGCUCCUUAUCCUUGCUGUGGCACCCCGGUUUGGACAGAAGAAUGUGUUGGUCUACAUCUUGAUCUGCUCUGUGAUUGGCUCCUUGUCUGUGUCUUGUGUCAAGGGCCUGGGCAUUGGCAUUAAGGAGCUGAUUUCUGGGACAGCAGUGCUGAAGGAUCCCCUGUUCUGGUCCUUAGUCGUCUGCCUGGUAAUCUGCAUCAGCAUCCAAAUAAGUUACCUGAACAAAGCACUGGACAUCUUUAACACCUCCAUAGUCACACCCAUUUACUACGUCUUCUUCACCACCUCCGUCAUGGCAUGCUCAGCUAUUCUAUUUAAGGAAUGGCUGAAAAUGACUACAGAUGGAAUAUUGGGAACAAUUAGUGGGUUCCUCACCAUCAUUUUAGGGAUUUUCCUUCUCCAUGCAUUCAAGGACAUAACCUUUAGCUGGGAUUCCCUCCCACUCUACCUGAGAAAGGCUCCAGAGAGCCUUUCGUGGAGCCACCAGCCCUACGUCGCUCUUCCCAGCCAUGAUUUGCAGGAGGAUCAAACCAAGUUUCCCAGAGAGGGAAGCUCCCCUUCCCUCUCCUUAAGGUCCCCUGUGUGGGGAACACACAGGGGACCUUAAGGAAAAAUACAUGUUUUCUGAUACUUCAAAUUUAUGAUAUAUAAAUCCAAAUGUAUCUUGCACAUUGUCUCAAGUGACCAUAGUGUUGCUAAUGUCACACUGGAAUUUAGACCAAAUGUACAUGGUUGGUAAUAUAAUGUAUGUGAAGGUGUUGCACUGCAAAACAUUUAAUAUUGUCUGCAUAAACCAGACUGUGCCUUUACUGUUACUGAAAGAUAACUGAGUAUUUUGCACUUUCAACUUUGACAAUAAUCUGUAGAUGUUUGAUUUUAAUACUACUUUUUUAACACAAAAACUUCUGCCUGAUGCCUUUAACCAUUUUGAACAUGUUUGAAUAGUUCCACUGGUUACUUUAAUACCUCAUAAAAAACGCCAAAGAAGGUUACUGUAAGUUUCCAACAUGUGCUAAGUUGAAACAUUUAUGUGUUGGAUAAUGAAAAUUAAAGUUAUACUAGAAACAGU